ACGAAGAAAGAUGGCGGGACGUUCAAAAACACUCGCCGAACGGCCGAAUCUCCAACAACAAAACGACCUGUAAAUAACAGAGUACAACUCGGAGCGUUACCCGAAAGCGGUCGGCCGGGACUCACCGGUAAAACGGCCGGUGACCAUGAACCGGAGCCGCGGGACGGUCGAACCUCCGGUCGGUCCGACGAAACCCAACCGGCUGAGGAGAAGCUUCAGGCGGACUCAGACAGCGGCGGAGGUCGGCUCUCCAAAGAGCCAGCAGCCGGAGUUUAAGACCCCGACCAGGAUCCCGAGGCCCAGAGCCGGUGCCGGUUUCAGUGCCGAGUCUCCGAACAACGACUCUGACUUCCAGCAGGACAUCAUCUGGGACGCCACCUCCCCUUCGCCCAACGGGCCCGGUAAAAGAGGAAAGAAACAGAAGCCUCCUGGAGUUGUGGACAUCUCUGAUAUUGUUAACAGGAUCGCUCCAAAGCACGGCAGGCCGACGGUCGCAGAGCCGACUUUACAGCAGUGGAUCGGAGACAGCGCCGCCAUCCCAUGCACGCCCGACGCUCAAGGUCCCAAACCCAAGAAGAAAUCCCCGCGGCCCAACGGAGUGGACGACCUGCUGAAGCUCGCCAAACAGUUCGACUUCAACAUGUUUCGUCGGGAAGAAGAAGAAGAAGUGGACGACCGGCGGAGCCCGGAGCUCCUGUCAGAGGACGUCUCGGAUUCGGAGAACGCCGAUCGAAGCGACGCUUCGUUCCCCGCGAGUCGCCGGCCGGCCGCGAAGGCGCCGAACGGGACGGACGAGCGGUUCCGCAUGGAGGACGAUCUGGACUUCCUGUUCGACGGACCGACUCAACGUUUGAGCGGAAGUCUGAGUCAACCGUCGCAAGUCAAACCUGCUUCCAGAGAGGCUGCUGGGAAACCGCCUGCUCCCUCGGCCUCGCACGGCGCCACUUCGGGCGUCUCCACAUCGGGCGUCUCCACUUCGGGCGUCUCCACGGCGGCGAAAGACGAGUUUGAGGACGACUGGGAAAACGAUGACCUGCUGAACGACUCUUUGGUGUUGGCGAUGACGCAGGAUCCUCAGAGCUUCGCCGCUCCGCGGCACAGUUCGACCCAGAAGCCACUCGGUCAAGUACGACCUCGACGGGAAAGUCCGGCGAGCGUCGUCCAGGACAACGUGAGACAAAGAGCGACCUUCAAACUGGAGCCCAAUCUGAAUUUUUCUUUCCAAAGAAUCCAGACGAACCCGAAGGUGGAUCACGGCUCAAAGGCGGCAGUGAAAGACGCUCAGCGGAACCGGUUUUCUCCAACUCAGCGAACAUCCGACGCGGUGAAGCCGGUUCCUCAGAAACCGCCGGUUCCUCAGAGGGCUUCCGACGCGACCGCGUGGAACACGUCGGCUCGAAGCUUUCCGACGGAACCCGCGUCGGCUCCGUCCCGCGGCGAGGCGACCGACCUCCCGGACGAGGACCUGUCCGCGUUCUUCUCGCCCGACCCGGUUUGGGACGACCCGGCCGACGACGACCUGCUGUGUGAGAUGUGCGAAGACGUGGAGAACCAGCUGCAGAGCGCGGAGAACGUGUCCGCCGGGCGGGCUCCUCCCGGGGGUCGCGCGUCACAACCGAGAGCGUCUCCGCCGCCGUCAUCCAACCGGCAGCCGGACGAUCGGCAACCUUUUGACCCCAAAAAACAGACGGCGGCGAGUCUCGCCUGCGCUGCGGGGCGGCCGGCCGGCGGGUCGUGGACCGGCGGUUCCGUCGCUGCAGGCGUUCGGUUGACGGAGUCCUUCAGGUACUCGCAAGCAAAAAACACUUCGGGGUCCACGAGCGGCUCCACGUGGACGCCGGGCAAAGACCAGUUCACCUUCAAGAAGCCAAACGACCCGGUUCCUACGGCGACCAGCAACGGUAAAUGUUCUGCAGCCGAGAUCGAGCAGAAGAAGCAGCUGGCGAUGGAGAGAAGACGGCGGCGACUGCAGGACGCCCAAAACCUCCGAGCUCCGACCUGACGGAGACCGGCCUCCAGCCACCCGUCUCGCCUCACCUGUCGCGCCUCACCUGUCUCACCUCACCUGUGAGCUCCGUCCGUCCAGCUGUUGCUGUAAGCCGUUAGCCCCGUUCGUUAGCAGAACACACGUCUCUGUACAAAUACAUUGAACUGUAAUUUGAUGCUCAUGUCGUAUUUAUAACCUCCGAUUUAUUUUAAACCUUUUUUUAAACCACAGUUUUUGCGUCUUCCAGAAAGUGGAAAACAUACAACAUCGCAGUCAGUUAGCCUAGCUUAGCAUAAAGUUAGCCUAGCUUAGCGUAAAGACUGGAAGCGGAGGGAAACUGCUAGCAUGGCUCUGUCUAAAAUUACAAAUGAAAAUACAUCGAGCAACACCUCAAAGCUCACUUUGAGGCGAGGCUAGCAGUUUCCCCCUGUUUCCAGUCUUUAAGCUAAGCUAAGCUAACCACUUACUACUGACUCCAGAUCUGUACUCGCGCAGCACGGACGUGAGAUUGGUAUCGAACUCACGUCUUUUUCUGAUAAUCGGCUACAAAACUGAAGUUACUCGUCAUUUAAAAAUUACCAGCUUUGGCUC